AUGCAACAACCCUCUACUACUACCACUCUUCCAAUUCUGGCCAAAAAAGUCAGAAAAUUAGCAUCUUCGAAAUUCCAAAAGCUCAAGUCUCUGCUAGCUGGAGGAGAGGAUGGAUUUUCAAGAUUCAAAAAAAUCUACAAACUGCGAGGAGAGUUGGGAAAAGGAGGCUUCGGAGUGGUCUACAGAGGAAUCAGAAUCUCUGAUAACCAUCUAGUAGCCGUCAAGUUUAUCGAGAAGAAGAAUGUGAAGGAGUGGGAAACACUGAACGAUGGAAAAGUUCCAAUGGAAAUCUGCAUGCUCUCGAAAUGCUCCACAAUUCCAGGGGUCAUUGGUCUCCUUGAUUGGUACAGUAUCCCGGCUGGUUAUCUAAUUGUAAUGGAACGCCCAUAUCCUUGCAUUGACAUGUUUGAUUUUGUCAAGGGACAAGGAAAAUUGCCAGAAGAGAUGGCUCAUUUCCUCUUCAACCAAAUUGCAACAACCGUUCAGGAAUGCAUGAAGAACAAAGUUUUACAUAGAGAUGUCAAAGAUGAAAACGUAGUGAUCGAUUUGGCAACCGGUACCACAAAACUCAUCGAUUUCGGAGCUGCUACUGAACUUCAAGACGGCCACUAUUUCAAUUUCCAAGGAACCGUCAUGUGCUCGCCACCAGAAUGGCUCAUCAACAGACUCUACCUGGGUGAGGAAGCAACUGUCUGGUCAUUGGGUGUCCUACUGUACACCGCCCUCAACGGACGUCUUCCUUUUCAAACAGUUGAGAAAAUCUGCUCUCCCGCUACUGUGGGAGCUCUCCGAUUCUUUGCUCCAUUGAGUGAAGAAGUCAAGGAUCUGGUCCGAAAUUGUUUGAUGUUCGAGCCAGAGCAAAGAUGCUCUAUGGAGGAUAUUUUGAAGCACUCAUGGGUCCAUAAAGAAGCUAUUAGCUGGCCUGCGUUUACCAAGAAAAUGGUUGAGAAGACUUUAGAUCAAACCCACAACAAGAAAGUGUCACACCUCCAUGACGAGACAGAAAAAGUCAAAGUUGUCAAACGAGUCAACAUUCAACCAGCUGCUGACACCAAUCAUCCAACUUUGUAUGCCAGAAGACAAGGAAACAAGCCACAUUUGGUGUUAAAGAUCAGUUAA